GGCGACGAUGCGCCGCCGCCGCGUACGCAAACUGUCCCCCCACACCACACACUAUACUUACUGAAGCAGCUUGUCUGUAGCAGGCCUACAAUGGCGUCUUCCGUUCCAGAGAGGGAAUUCCACGGCCUCUGCUAGCUUCAAAAAUGCGAGGAUCACUGUGCUGCUCUGUACUCGACUUGGUAGGUUGAUCCACGGACCUGCUCCUCGACUUCAUUCGAUGCUCUUCUCGCGAACAUGAUGUAAUUUGGCGCAGGCUGCGUCUAUGCUAAGCAAGGUCACGGGCGCACUGCGUCAAAUACUCCUUUUUUUCGACAAGGACCUGGAUUAGAAAAAAAAAAACCCAAAGAUGUCUAAGAGGACGGCUGACAGCGGAGGAGACUCGGCCUCCCAGCCUCCCAUCAAAAAGGUUCAGUUCGAGCCAACACUCAUUGGACCCAUAUCCACUCUCGAGGAGAUGGAUAUGAAAGUCUUGCAGUUCCAGAACAAGAAAUUGGCUCAGAGGCUGGAACAGAGGCACAGAGUAGAAAUAGAAUUAAGACAAAGAAUAGAACAGUUAGAGAAACGACAGACUCAAGAUGACGCAGUACUAAACGUGGUUAAUCGAUAUUGGAAUCAACUCAAUGAAGAUAUUCGCGUAUUACUUCAAAGAUUUGAUGCAGAAACAGCAGAUGAAUCAGAAAAUAAGAAUGAAAGUGAAGCAACUACCUCUUUUCUUAUGCAAUUGUCUUCCUGGGACAAAGAGGAAUUGGAUGAUAAGCUUGCCAACCGUGUUCAAGUAUCUAAACGUGCUGUAUCAAAGGUUGUACAGGCAUUUGAUAGGCUUUCUCAAAGAAAUGAAAAAAUAACACUUGCUCUUAAAGGAGAAUUUGAUGAAGAAGCACCAAAUAUUGAUGAAGUUGUGAGGAAAGCUAAUUGUGAUCUUCAAAUGGAAAAUAGAAACUUGCAAGCAAUAAAUAUUCAACUACAUGAAAAAUACCAUACGAUUUCACUGAAAAUGUCGGAGUUGCAAGACACUAUCACUGGUAAAGAUACUCUUGCGGCUGAACUACGAAAUCAAGUAGAUGAUUUACAGUAUGAGCUUAAUAAAGUUCGAGCUAGAAAUGAUAAAUUAGAACAUCAUCUUGGUGAAGCCAUUGAAAAACUAAAAGCUUUUCAACAGAUUCAUGGUACAGAUGAUAAAGGCUCCAACAAACCAAGUACUUUGGUUGCAACUGGUGUAUCACAAACAAAGCUUGAAGAUUUACAAAGAGAAAUUGAAGAGACUCGUGAACUAGCUAAUAACAGAUUACAAGAAUUGGACAAAUUGCAUCAACAACAUCGUGAUGCAUUAAAAGAAGUAGAAAAGUUAAAAAUGGAUAUUCGUCAAUUGCCAGAAUCAGUUAUUGUGGAAACAACAGAGUAUAAAUGUUUACAAUCUCAAUUCUCAGUUUUGUAUAACGAAUCUAUGCAAUUAAAAACUCAACUAGACGAAGCUCGGCAACAACUUCAAUCUAGUAAAAAUGCUCAUUUACGUCACAUAGAAAUGAUGGAGAGUGAAGAAUUAAUGGCUCAGAAGAAAUUAAGAGGAGAGUGCAUACAACUAGAAGAUGUGUUAGCUCAGCUACGAAAAGAAUAUGAAAUGUUACGCAUUGAAUUUGAACAAAACCUGGCAGCAAAUGAACAAACUGGACCUAUCAAUAGGGAAAUGAGACACCUCAUAACAUCAUUACAGAAUCACAAUCAACAAUUAAAAGGCGAGGUUCAUCGUUAUAAGCGUAAAUACAAAGAAGUUUCUGUGGAAGUUCCAAGGUUAAAGAAAGAAGUUGAAGAGUUGACGACAAAACUUGGCCAACAAAUAACACAAGAAAAUAAAGAAGGUAACAAUUCAGAUGGCAGUGGCAAAGAAGAAGAUGCUUCUAAUUCUCUACCGGGAUCGGGACAGAUAAAAGAAGAAGGUGGUAUGACAAUUAAAAGGGAAGGACUCGAUGAAGAGGCAGAAACUGAAUUAGGAGAGGGAGACAAAGGAACUCCCGAUUCGCAUGCUCUGGCAUCUCCCACGCUUAAGAAAGAAAAAGAUAUUAAGAGAGAAAAAGACAUAAAAAAAGAAACGGUUAAAACAGAACAUCGUGAUCAAACGCAUCGCGCGAAAGAUGCUAAAGUUGCAGAAUCGGAAUUAGUAAGAGACCUAAAAGCACAACUAAAGAAGGCUGUGAACGAAAUGAAAGAAAUGAAACUACUUUUGGACAUGUACAAAGGACUUGGAAAAGAACAACGUGAUAAAGCCCAACUGAUGGCUGCCGAACGAAAAACAAGAGCUGAAUUGGAAGAACUGCGGCAACAAAUUAAAAAAAUACAGGAAAGUAAGCGAGAGGAGAGGAAAAAACUAGCAGACGAAGACGCCCAGAACAAAAUCAAGAAACUCGAGGAGCAGGCAUAUUCGCUUCAAAGACAGGUCGCUACCCAAAAACAGAACUGUGCAUGGUUGCAGGAGGAAGAAGCUCUAUUAAACGAGAUGGAGGUGACGGGGCAGGCUUUUGAAGAUAUGCAAGAACAAAAUUCUAGGUUGAUUCAACAACUUCGCGAGAAGGAUGAUGCUAAUUUUAAAUUAAUGACUGAAAGAAUUAAAAGCAACCAACUGCAUAAACUCGCAAGAGAAGAAAAGGAUGUUCUUAAGGAACAAGUUUCAACUUUAACAACCCAAGUUGAGGCUGCGAACGUGGUGGUUAGGAAACUAGAAGAAAAAGAACGUUUACUUCAAAAUUCGUUGGCUACUGUGGAAAAAGAACUAGCAUUACGACAACAAGCAAUGGAGAUGCAUAAGCGAAAAGCUAUUGAAAGUGCACAAUCUGCUGCAGAUCUCAAAUUACAUCUCGAAAAAUAUCACUCACAAAUGAAAGAAGCCCAGCAAGUUGUGGCUGAGAAAACAAGUUCUUUAGAGGCAGAAGCAUACAAAACAAAAAGACUUCAAGAGGAAAUAGCUCAACUAAGACGCAAGGUGGAGAGAAUGAAGAAGAUAGAAUUGGCUGAGACUGUUGAUGAAGUCAUGGCUGAAGAGCUCAGAGAAUAUAAAGAAACGUUAACGUGUCCAUCUUGUAAAGUUAAGCGGAAAGAUGCUGUGCUUACCAAGUGCUUCCACGUUUUCUGUUGGGACUGUUUGCGUACUCGAUAUGAAACUCGACAGAGAAAGUGCCCAAAAUGCAACUGCGCAUUCGGAGCCAACGAUUAUCAUCGGCUUUAUUUAUCUACCUGAAGGAAGAAGCGUUAAUUUAUUUGAACCUUUUGCCUGCGAAAGCAGUAGUGUCGCAUUUAGCAAAAGAUGCUUCAAAACGCAUUUCAUUUUUAUACUUUUGUUACGAAGAUGUACACUUUUUUCUUGAUGGUGAGUUGUGACGUUGUACAUAAGCUAUAAGCAUUAAUGACUUAUACGUCAAGAGCGUGCGCCGUGUGUAUAAAAACGAUGUAUGGUAAUUUGUAUUACAAAUUAAAGUUUGUAGUAACGAACUUUGAUCAAGACUAAGUAUCACAAUUAAGUAAAUGUCAUACAUAUUAUAUACACUUUUUGCUAAUUUAAUAGCUGAUUGGAGAAAAGUGAAUCGUCAAGCAUGCAUAAGAAUAUAAUAAUUCUUAACUGUAUAAAGUGUAGUUAGGUUUUUCAAUUUACUUUUUGCUAUUUUUUAUGAAGUACAAACGCUUGCAUAUUGUCGCGGAAUGGCGUUUAUUACUAUUUUAACUUGUCUGGUGAAAAAAAAACUUUCUAUUGUCGUUAAUUUUUAAGUAAAUUAUUUCUUUUGCUAAAAUAAAAUAUUAUUUAAAAACUACAGUAGUAAAAAAGUAAUGCCAAUUAUCAUAAUUUUUCCAAACCAUGUAAAUAGGUGUAUACCAUAAAUGAAUUCAUUAAUGGCUUUCAACUUAAACUGUACAACAGUUUUUUAACUACACGAAAAAAUGUGUAUAUCAAUUCGAGUCAAAAAUAAGGUGUGAAAUGAUAUUGCUGUGAUCAAGCAUAAUAUACUUACCUGCAAAAAAUUGAUAAAUUCAACAUUUCAUCUGAAUUUUUCUUUAUGCAUAGUUGUUUGUAAAUUGUUAGUUUUAUAAUUUUUCAGUGAAAGGUCAUAAAUGAAAAGUGUCAUAUCGGCAUAGAGAUAUUUAUGAAUUAACUCAAAUAAAAAUCUUAAUUUGUUAAGCGAUUCAUGUACCAGUAUAUAAUACAUUUUUCAACAUAAAAAAUUCAUAUGUAUAAUACAUACUUUUACAAUUAAUUUUACUCCAUUUUCAUAUCACUUGAUUCUUUCAAAGACAUUGUAAUUAGCAAUGGUUCAUAUGUCCAUUUUGGAAAGACUCUUUUGUAUAAGUUCAUCAAAAUUGUAUCUUGAGAUUUUAAUUGACCGUCAAAGAUACACUUCAUAUGUCCAUGCGUUCCUAUAUAUAAAAAAAAUAUAUGUAUAAAUUAAUUAAA